UCCAAAACCGGAAGUACACCGAAAUAGACGCAAUAAAGUGGAAACUCAGAGAUAUUGCUACAGCAACAUGCAAUAGGAGGGUCGACACAGUUAAGCCUUUGACGUUUUCAUCAUAGAGACGCCGAUAUACAGUUGGUAUUUGGCGACAUCGUACAUAGUUAUCAGCGUGGACGAAAUGUCAAGAGUUUUUAAUCCUGGUUACUAGCUAGCUAAACUGUUGUUGUUGAUUUACCAGUCGUCCAUAUACCUAGCUAGCUAGCUAGCUAGCCAAUGAGGAUACAUAUCAAAUGUUACCACGGUAUUAGCUACAAACGAGAUAAUUAAGUUAACGUUUUCUAAAUAACGCUAAAUUAAAUGUGCACUACGCAUAAAUCGCUGCGCCAUUUCCUGCUUGUUUGCUAAAAUUCUAAUAGUACGCCUAAUUUCAGUUUGUGAUAAAAACAGAUUCAGUGUACCAUAUAAACCGUCGAUAAAUAUAUUUUCAAUAACCAAAAAAUAUAGUAUUUAUCUGUUUGAAGCUGGUGUAUUGAACUGAAAGUAAAAGAGAAAAUUUAAAACGGGAAGGAAAGAUAUAGCGCACACAACAUAUCUACCGCUUCUUGGACUUGCGAAUUACAUAUCUAUUACUGAAAUUUCUAUGUGUAUUUUGGUGGGGUCUUCCAAAAAGUGACAUUUCAUCUUGAAAUCACUAGUUGAUAAAAGAAUCUCUCGAAAUAGGUGUUCACUCAAUACGUAUUUAUCUGAACUUUCCAAAGUGGCAAACCUUGCACCAGUCAAUAUGCCUUUGCUGUUUUUGGAGAGAUUUCCAUGGCCCAGUUUGCAGACAUACACAGCUCUGAGUGCUGUAUUUCUCGCUGGGUCAAUAUUGAGUGGCUACUGUACUGUCCCAGAGCCAGUAGAGUACACACAGACACAGAGCAGUUCUCCUGUAGAAAGUGAUGAUGUUGAUGAGGACCCAAUCACCAGCCUUAGCGAUGUGGCAGCCACUGUCCGGUUGUACCUGGUCUCAGACACUGUUUUUGUUUGGGUGAUGGUGAAUACAGCCUGCUGUGUCCUGAUGCUGAUUGCAAAGGUGAUCCAGUGCAUUGUCUUUGGGCCGCUCCGUGUCAGUGAAAAACAGCACCUAAAGGACAAGUUCUGGAACUUCAUCUUCUACAAGUUUAUCUUCAUCUUCGGGGUGCUCAACGUUCAGACGGUGGAGGAGGUGGUGAUGUGGUGUCUGUGGUUUGCUGUCCUCGUCUUCAUGCACCUCAUGGUCCAGCUCUGCAAGGACCGCUUUGAAUAUCUGUCAUUCUCACCCACCACUCCUAUGGACAGCCAUGUGAGGGUUCUGACCCUGCUGGUGGGUAUGCUGCUGACCUGCUGUGGCUUGGCUCUGCUCUGUGGGCUCCUGGGAAAUCCCCACGGCAUACACACCGUCACCUUCAUGGCCGCUGAGUGUAUGCUGGUGUCCGUUAGAACUGGACAUGUCAUUAUCCGGUACUUUAUCCACCUGUGGGACUUGAACCAUGAGGGCACCUGGGAGAGUAAAGGAUCCUACGUUUACUACACUGACUUUGUGAUGGAGCUGGCUCUGCUGGGGCUGGACCUUAUGCACCACAUCCACAUGCUGCUGUUUGGUAACAUCUGGCUCUCUAUGGCCAGCCUGGUGAUUUUCAUGCAGCUGCGUUACCUGUUCCAUGAGGUGCAGAAGAGAAUCCGUCGCCACAAGAACUACCUCCAUGUCAUCAACAACAUGGAGGCCAGGUUUGCUGUGGCCACCUCUGAUGAGCUGGUAGCGAACAAUGAUGACUGUGCUAUCUGCUGGGACUCCAUGUUGACAGCACGCAAGCUGCCCUGUGGACAUCUCUUCCACAACUCUUGCCUGCGUUCCUGGUUGGAGCAGGACACGUCGUGUCCCACGUGCCGUAUGUCUCUGAACAUCAGCGAGGGGGCUGGAGGAGAGAGAGAGGAGAGGCAGAGGGAGCCCAUGCUGGAAGACAACAUGGGCCCUGGAGGCCCCGGGCCAGAUGCAAGGCAACACCUCAACCAACACAACCACUUCUUCCACUUUGAUGGUUCUCGCAUUGCCAGCUGGCUGCCCAGUUUCUCUGUGGAAGUGAUGCACACAACCAACAUCCUGGGAAUCGUACAACAGGCCAACAACUCCCAGCUCAAUGCCAUGGCCCAUCAAAUCGGGGAGAUGUUUCCGGAGGUUCCCUACCAUCUUGUGCUGCAGGAUCUGCAGCUGACCCGCUCUGUAGAGGUCACCACUGACAACAUCCUGGAUGGACGCAUUGUGGUUCCUUUCCCCAUACAGCCUGUGGAUCACUCUGCCUCCCAGGUCAACCCCUCCCCACAAGAUGUGGGUGGGGCCAGCGGGAGUUCAGAGUUCGUGACCCCCGAGGUGGAGGACUUUGAGGUCAGAGGCAGCCGCUUCUCCAAGUCAGCCGAGGAGAGACAGAAGAUACUGCUACAGAGGAAAGAUGAGCUACUGCUACGAGCACAGAGGAGAUAUCUGAGCAAGAGCCCAGAGGAAAACGCUGCUGCUAUGAACGACGAUGAUGAGUACGAUGAAGGUCUGCCCUCUCUUGAGGAUGACAUCCCAGCAGGUUCAGUUUUAGACUCUAUGACCCUGCGACGCAGAAAGUUAGCGGCAGCUGCUGAGCGCCGCAUGCACACUUACCAGUGAAGAGGCUGGACUGGGAACUAGGGCCGGGAUGAUACCAGUAUUACCAUACUCGUUAGUAUCAUGGCAAGGAAACCAAACACAAAGGGGAAUUAACUUUAGGAAAACAUCCCUAAUGUUGGGAUCAAAUGAAAUUAUGUUGUCAUCCAGAGUCACAUGUAUUUAUUUUCCAAGCUGUAGCAAACAAUAUCUUGCAUACAGCAGGUUAUUAAAGGACCAGAGUUAGA